AUGAACGCUCCUUCAUCAGAUCAAGAAUACCUCGUCAAACUUGAAGGCCACAUCGGCUCUGCGGAACAUCUCCAGCAGAUCGCAGGUCUCGCUACGACACCAAUUGUACACAGCGGUACAUCCACCGAAGACGAGCAUACAAGAUCGGAGUUCUGUAUCAUCAGCAGCUCUACGAAGCAGGCGAUCGUGGAAUGGUGCGCAAAGCACCAUCGCCCACCUMCCGAUUUCAUCACCCUUUCCCUCGCCCCAAAGUCUUUCAGCGACAUUUCCAUGGCGCCUGUGCUUGGAGUUAAUACAACCCUACCUCAACAUCGGUUGGAAGACCAGAGGGAAAGUCCUCGGCCGCGACAAGACGAAUACCCCGUUUGGUAUUUCUUUUACGGCACGCUUCAAGAUCCGGAAAAGUUACGAUCCAUCUUCGAAGGAUCCGAAGAUGAGGAGUACGACUUGUGCGUUGCGAGGGUAUUCGAGGGUUUGUUGAAGGAGUGGGGAGGGAAGUACAAGGCUUUGGUGGAUGCUCCUGUGUUGCCAUGCGGAUCCGAAGAUGCGGAAGGGGUGGAAGGUAAAGCUUUGCUGGUCAGAUCGAAGGAGCAAGAGGAUGCUUUGCGACUGUAUGAGACAAAGGCUUACGAGGUUGUACGGUGUAUGAUCGUGUUUGACGAUGGGAAGGAAGUUUGUGGGUGUACUUUCCGAUUCCGGGGAAGGUGA